AAGAGCUGUGAAGGAUCCCUAACCUAACCUAACCUGUCCACGACGAGGACGAUAAAGAGGAAGAAAAUGGGAGCUUUCUGCUCAUGGUUGUGCUUCGGCGAAGAGGAAAAGUCGGAUCCGAUGGACAUUGAACAAGGAGCACAGAAGUACGAAACGGUGGACCAAACACAACAGUAUGAAGAAUACGAAGACGAGUGGGGCACCGGUGGAGGCUAUGACACAGUACUGCACUAGCACGUGUAGUCCACGUCUUGUACUGAUGACAAUUCUACUUCUCUAGUCAUAUGAUUACUUAGGUUUGCGUAGAACUACCAUUCAUCUAGACAGCAGGAUGAGUGCAAACUUUCAUCACAGCAGAUUUUGAUGUCUCCUUCCUGUAGUAAUCUAUCGCAAUCUAGUCCCUCCACACUAUUUGUUUUUGUGAAAAAGUGAUGAAAUACUGUUCUCCAGAUGCAAUCGAAUACAAUAACGCGAGGAGUAGCGUACACACAAUCGCCGAACAAGAAAAAAUAGCGGUAUGGAUUCUCGAACUCGAGCCGAACAAGAACAGCGAUGGGGAUCGAUUCAUUUUGUGCCGCUCGUUCAAGAUGACGUAUAGAUACUGAUAUACGCGUCGACUGCUUCGAGUUUGAUAGGGGGCGCAAGCGAGGUGAAAGCAUCGAUUCAAAAUUUGCUUUUUCUGUUACAGUACCGGGAUUGCAAAUGCUUUACCAAGUAGUGAUGGUUCGACUCUUCCACUCCUGACAGCACUGCCCCAUUCAUGUAGAGGAUACACCGCAUAGGAAUAGUCAUUGUAAGUCGUUGCGCGUAACCUGAUAUUAUAAUAGGUAGAACGAUAUUGAAUAAUAAUUAUCCUCGAAAGUGCAUAGAUGACACGACUUAUCAACAUUUUCAUAUACAUCCUCCUGAUAAGCGCAUAAUUAGUAGAAAGUCUUCGGUCCUUCACCUCGCAUAGCAUCAUGAUGUAUGUUGUAAUUGCUUUCAUUGGUUUUGUGUUAGCAUAUCUACAGGAGACUGAUACAUCGCAGUACCCUUACAACCUAAAUUAAUUUCUGAACUCAGCCCCUCUUCCUCUUCUCAUACAUCAUACCAUGAAAAGAUGCUCCCCUCAACCUAACUUGCUAAUGCCGUCCACGCACAUACGCACACUGGCUUUCACUUCAUAGAUCGAAAAAAGCAAACACUACAUUCAUACGGUGCUGGUCUCUCCGCUCACACUGGAAACAAGGUAGAUGGAUCUUCCGAUCAAUAGAAUCUGAAUGGUAGUUCAACCCAAAAGUUGCAUUUCAUCACUCCUUCUGACAAUCUUUCCCACCGCAAUCUCCCGCUUUCAUUGCACUGUCAUCGCGUUUCAGUGAUCGAUCCUUGCAGUGCGACUCCUCAAAUGGCCAGGCCCCUGGGAUCAUAG